CUACAGCUCAUUCAGUGUUCUGGGGAUAGCAGAAGGGGCUGCAAGAUCACUCUGCAGUUUGAAAAUCCUUUAAAGAACAAAAGGACUUCUUCUGAAAGCAAAAAUGUCCGACAAAAGCCCCUUUGAAACAGACAUGUUAACCCUUACCCGGUUUGUCAUGGAAAAGGGAAGACAAGCAAAAGGUACUGGAGAGCUGACCCAGUUACUGAACUCCAUGCUGACUGCCAUAAAGGCCAUCUCCUCUGCUGUCAGGAAAGCAGGCAUUGCUCAAAUGUUUGGUAUUUCAGGAAGUGUAAACGUCACUGGAGAUGAAGUAAAGAAACUGGACGUGUUAUCAAAUGACCUGGUCAUUAACAUGCUGACAUCUUCUUAUGGUACCUGUGCAUUGGUUUCUGAGGAGAACAAAGAAGUCAUUAUUAUACCCAAAGACAAAAGGGGAAAAUAUGUGGUCUGUUUUGACCCCCUUGAUGGCUCCUCGAAUAUAGACUGUUUGGCACCAAUUGGAACAAUAUUUGCCAUCUACAGGAAGACAACAGAUACUGAGCCCUGUGAAAAAGAUGCCUUGCAAUCAGGACGCAACAUUGUCGCAGCAGGCUAUGCUCUUUAUGGAAGUGCCACGCUUGUAGCGCUCUCUACUGGUCAAGGCGUAGACUGCUUCAUGUUGGAUCCCGCCCUGGGAGAAUUCAUUUUAGUAGAGCGAAAUCUUAAAAUCAAAAAGAAGGGGAAGAUUUACAGUCUGAAUGAAGGUUAUGCCAAAUACUUUGAUGGAGCAGUAACGGAGUACCUGAACAACAAGAAGUUUCCUCAGGAUGGUAGUUCCCCGUACAGCUCAAGAUAUGUGGGCUCCAUGGUAGCUGAUGUCCACCGAACUUUGUUAUAUGGUGGAAUCUUCCUGUAUCCAGCCAAUGAGAAGAGCCCCAAAGGAAAGCUGCGGCUGCUGUAUGAAUGUAAUCCUAUGGCUUUUAUUAUCGAGCAGGCCGGGGGAAUGGCAACCACUGGAACACAGCCAGUGCUAGAUGUGCAGCCUGAGUCCAUUCAUCAAAGGGUACCGCUGGUCCUUGGAUCUUCCGAAGAUGUAGAGGAGUAUUUGGCGUGUGUUAAGAAACACCAAAAAAGCACCUAAAUGCUCAUAAUAUAUCAGUUUGUGUGUACGUGACUGUACGUACAUCUUGAUUUUAGUGUCUGCCUAUUAAUACCUGAAGCAAGCCUUAAACAUGCAGUCACGUAAUUCAUUGAUCAGUCCCGCUCACGCAAUUACAGAUGAACGAUUGCCCGAUAGCUUUUUAUGGCCAAUAUAAACCUCCUGAUUUCUCAGGCCUAUAGCACAUGUCCUAACAAUGGGGUAGUUUAGGUAUUUGGCCAGCUUUAUUGUACUUUACACCCAUUGUCCUGGAGUAUCAUGAAAUGGCUACCAUCGCAUCAAUGGCUAAUAAAUAAAAAUGCCGU